GCGUUCGACCACCAACUUUGUUUACUUUAUUGACUGAAUGUGCCACAUGGGUCGGUAUAAGUUUUUCGUCUAUUUCGUUCAGGUUCAUUCACAGUAUUUUUAAAUGUUAAUAAAAAUCGCGCGUUGUAAAUAUAUGAAAGUAUUCAGUAACUACUCAAAAAGUAUUCAAAAUGUUCAAGGAUGCGGAAAAAAAAAUUUUUGCGGCUUUUCAAACUUUGUCUCAAGAAUCGAAAGAAUUAUACAUACCCAAGGAAAUUCCAGAAAUAGAAAGCGAUGCAAUAUCACCAUUAAUUUUUUACAGGGAAUAUGUAUCAAAAAAUAUACCUGUUAUUAUACGAGGUGGAAUCAAACAUUGGAAAGCAAUCGAUAAGUGGAAUAUUCCUUACUUUAGAGAUAAAAUUGGUGAUAAAUUAGUACAAGUUGCAGUUACACCCAAUGGUUAUGCAGAUGCAAUAGCUAAAGAACUUCCAGUCUCAGGUACCUCUGAUCAAGAAUAUUUUGUAAUGCCAGAAGAAAGACACAUGAAAAUGAAAGAUUUCUUAGAUAAAUUGGAAAAUCCAGAAGAAAGUAUUUAUUAUAUUCAAAGACAAGAUUCUAACUUUGAAGAAUUUUCUGAACUUUGGAGAGAUGUUGACAAUCAGAUAUCUUGGGCUACUGAAGCUUUUGGAACAUCUCCAGAUGCUAUUAAUUUUUGGAUGGGAGAUAAGCGAGCUGUAACAUCAAUGCACAAAGAUCCUUAUGAAAAUAUAUACUGUGUCAUUUCGGGAGAGAAAGAAUUUAUCAUACAUCCCCCAACAGACUUACCUUGGAUUCCCUACAAUACUUAUCCAUUGGCUUUAUAUAAAGAAAUACAACCAGGAAAAUGGAUAACAGAACCUACCAAAAAAUCAGAUAUCAAUGAUAUUAAUGAGUGCAAUAAAAGUGAUCAAAUACCUUGGAUAGCUGUGAACCCUUUGAGUCCUGAUUAUAAUAUGUAUCCAAAGUAUAAAAAUGUGACAAAAUUAAUAGCUAAAAUAGGUACAGGUGAUAUUUUUUAUUUGCCUUCACUGUGGUUCCAUCAUGUCAAACAGUCUCAUGCUUGUGUAGCAGUAAAUUAUUGGUAUGACAUGGAAUAUGAUAUAAAAUAUGCAUACUACAAAUCAUUAGAAGUAUUGUGCAAUUCGUAAGUAAUUCAAGAUUUUACGGAGUG